UCACUCUCCAAUAUAAAUAUGACCCCCUACGUUAUUUUAUUUCAUUCUUGUGUCUAACAGACACAUUAAUUAAGGUGGUUGGAAGCUCUCUAUACAAGAAGAAGAUGGAGAUCUACCUUCAAACACAAAAUUGGAUAGAAAAAGCAAAGCCAUUUAUAGCAGUUUUGUUUUUGCAAUUUGGAUAUGCAAUUAUGGAUGUUCUAUCAAAGGCUGCAUUGAACAGAGGAAUGAGCAACUAUGUAUUUGUUGUGUACCGCCAUGCCGUUGCAUUCAUUGUUAUAACCCCUUUUGCACUCUAUUUUGAUAGGAAAAUAAGGCCAAAAAUGACAAUUUCGAUCUUCAUUAAGAUAGUGCUGCUCAGUUUAUUAGAACCGGUAAUUGACCAGAAUUUAUAUUUUUUGGGGAUGAAGUACACAACGGCAACCUUUGCAGCUGCCAUGAGCAAUAUGCUUCCUGCUAUUACUUUUAUAUUGGCUUCCAUUGUUAGACUUGAGAAGAUAAAGAUAAAAAGUAUGCGAAGUCAAGCAAAGGUGUUGGGAACUAUAGCAACUGUUUCAGGUGCAAUGGUGAUGACACUGAUGAAAGGUCCAAUACUUUUUGAGACAUUUGGAGAUCAUAGCCAAAGCUAUCAUAGCAGUGGCACAAGUGCUCAUCAUACAAUACUUGGAUCUGUGUUGAUCACUAUAGGAUGCUUUAGUUGGGCUUGUUUUGUGAUCCUCCAGGCUAUUACCCUUGAAACCUACCCAGCAGCACUCUCACUUUCAUCAUGGAUAUGUCUGUUCGGCGCAAUUGAAGGUGCAGCACUGGCUUUGGUUAUGGAAAGGAACAACCCUUCAGUUUGGUCCAUAAAAUGGGAUAUGAGACUAUUGUCUGCAAUUUACACGUGUUUCAAAAAUGUUCAAAUACAUUUCUACUGGUGGUUAAAGGCAGCUAAUUCAGUGUUUGUGUUAGGGGUGCAUAAUUGGCUAGCUUGUCCUAUUCUUUGUUUAGAUAUAGGUUAGCUGCCUCUUUGUUUCUUUUUUCACUUGUGAUUGAACUCUUGUUGUAAUUAUGGUCGCUCUCAUUUAGCACAUCUUGUGCAGAAGAAGCGACGUUUCAUUGUUAAUAUAAGUCUUAUUUUUGUCUGUUAAAAAAUGAUUUUUUUUUUUGCUACCUCCCAUCCUUUUUAUAGGAGAAAUAUGAGUCAACAAAAGUUUAGGUAUUUGAUCCAUCUUAUGACUAAAAUACAUUAAUUUUUGUUGACUUGUAUUCUCUUAUGAAACAUACCAGAGUUAAAAUGAUAGUAUAAGCUAUUUUACAAUCUCAUUAUUAUGCACUAACAGGGGUGGAAAUGGCCUAGGCCGGGUCUGACUUUGUAAGGCAUAAGUCUGGUCAACUUAAAAAAUUAUAGGCAUGAGUCUGACCUAUUAUCCGUCAUAGACUCAUUUUUAAGGCCUGACCUGACCUUAUUAAAGGUCAGGUGAAGCCUGAAAGCCUAUUUAAAAACAUAUUUUACACUAAGGCCUAGCAUCACCUAUAAGCUUACUACUAAAUAGGCCAAAACUUAUGAAAACCUAAAGCACACGAGUAAGUCUGCUACUAAAUAAUGAAGUCUUACGAAAGUCUAAUCACACAAAUAUAUCUACUACUAAAUAACCAAAUCAUAUGAAGACUUGAGUUUAUGAAAAAAAUUUCAACAAUAUCAAACGAGCUGGGUCGAGGUAGGCUUUAAAUUAACUAUUUAAUUAAAUAGGCUUUAUAAAAAACUUGAGCCUAACAUUUUUAUUAAACGAACUGGGUCGAGGUAAGCUUUAAAUAAACUAGGAUGUCGACCCCAACUGGUCUGGCAUGAUCUGUUUCCAUCCCUAUGCACUAAUCUGAUGAUAGAUAUGGAUAUAUGAUAUUGCUCCUUAUAUUAUUGAGGUUAUAGUCGGUAAGCCAAUAAUAGAAUAAAGCAUUUAAUAUUUAAACUAGUUUAAUAACAUCUAAACUUUUUUUUUUGACGAAAACAUAUUUAAACUUUGAGUACUAUGCAAACU